GCAAGUCAGUAGAGCUUCCGCAAGCAUUGGAUAUACACGUGGGUGAGUACUGUAUUCCCACAGCAGAGAUUGAAAACACGUUCAGGCACCUGAACAACCGAAAUGGAUCAACCACAGAAGGCCAAUCCAUCUGAAACUAGCAGCAGUUCUGACAAAAAGACUGCAAAGAAGCGGAUCACACCCUGUCUGCUGAGUGCAGCCUUCUUUGGUGCUUUGGGCUCAUCUUUCCUUUAUGGUUACAAUCUCUCUGUUGUCAACGCUCCAGCGCUGUACAUUAAAGCUUUUUACAAUCAGACAUGGAUGGAGCGAUACAACGAACCUAUCAGAGCGGAGACGGUCACGCUCCUUUGGUCCAUCACAGUCUCCAUAUUUGCCAUUGGGGGCCUUUUCGGAGCACUUGUUGUCUCCUGGCCCAUAAAAAUACUGGGAAGAAAGGGAACCUUGUUGCUGAAUAACAUUUUUGCUGUGAUAGCUGCUUUGCUGCUGACCUUUGGGGAGAAGGCACGGUCCUUUGAGAUGCUCAUCAUUGGCCGCUUCAUCGUGGGGGUGGAUUCUGGUAUAGCUCUCAGUGUACUACCGAUGUAUCUUGGAGAAAUUUCUCCAAGAUAUAUCCGAGGUUCCAUUGGUCAGUUCAACUCCAUUCUGAUCUGUUUCGGAGUGUUCAUUGGUCAGGUGCUGGGUCUACCUGAGCUACUGGGCCAGGAGUCCAGGUGGAACUACUUGUUUUCCUUCCUGGCAUUGCCUGCAGUGCUGCAGCUCUGCGUUCUGCCUUUCCUCCCUGAGAGUCCUCGUUACCUGCUGAUUGAGAGGAGGGAUGAGGCUGCAGCAGAGAGAGCCUUUCAGAGAUUCCUCGGUAAAAAGGAUGUUUCUCUUGAGAUGGAAGAGGUCCACGCAGAGGCACGAGCUCAAGAAACUCUCCACACGGUCUCCAUGGUACAACUUCUGAAAAGCCGGUCUGUUCGCUGGCAGCUCAUCACCGUCGUGGUCACGAUGGCCAGCUAUCAACUCUGCGGCCUCAACGCUAUCUGGUACUACACUAAUGGGAUCCUACAAGAAGCAGGCUUUGCUCAAAAUAUCAUCCCGUACAUAACCCUCAGCACAGGAGGUAUCGAGACGUUUUCCGCUAUCAUCUCUGGCUUGGUGAUAGAACGAAUCGGGCGAAAACCUCUGCUCAUAUUUGGGUUCAGCGCCAUGGCGGUGUUCUUCAGUCUACUCACAGUGUUCCUCAAUUUUCAAGACAGCGUGUCAUGGAUGCCUUACCUCAGUUAUGUCUGCAUCCUGGCAGUGAUCGCUUCCUUCUGCUCCGGGCCAGGAGGCAUCCCCUUUAUCCUGACCGGUGAACUGUUUGAGCAGUCCUACAGGCCUGCCGCCUUCAUGAUUGCCGGCAUUGUGAACUGGCUGUCCAACUUUGCAGUGGGACUCUUGUUUCCUUUUAUACAGGAGGCCCUGGAGACAUUUGCCUUCCUGGUGUUUGUGGGCUUCUGUGUGGUGGCGGCAAUCUAUCUCUUUAUCAUCCUCCCUGAAACCAAAAAGAAAACGUUCAUGGACAUUAGCCAGAGUUUUGCCAAGAUCAACAAAGUCCCGGUUUCCUCGACGAGCCAUGAAAUGAAGCUCGUUCUGUGUACCGGGCAGGAUCAGAACGAGAAAGUGCAAAAUGGCUUUAAGAUGGAGAGUUCCUUUUAAAUCUAAAUCUUGUUUUGAGGCAACAUUAAGAUUCACAAUAACAUUGUUUUUAUUGUUGGGUUUUUUUCCUGCAUUUAAUCUUGGAAGAAAGAAAUGUGUCACACUAAAUGAAAUGUUUCAUAGACUUUGUACAUUUUUUUCUGAGCUUUAACGAAAAUAAUUUUUUCUUGCCAUUCUGUCCGAGUUUUUCCUACUAGUUCAGUGACCACUGUGAAGUGUGUGUGUGUGU